UAUAAAGGAAAAUAAAAGAAAAACGAGUUCACAAGUCUCAUGUGAAGACAAAUUGUUUAAAUCUUUGCAUGAAAUAUUAGUUAGUUGGAACACAGACAAAAGUAAGACAUCAUGUACUAUUCCGGUCUAACCGGAGAUUGAAUGGGAUUGAGACUAGCAAUACUUUACGUUUAGAGAUUGUUGAUAUCAAUUAUUAUCAAACCCACACCUCUCGGGAUUAUUGACUCGAUAUGGAUAUUUAUACACGUGAUUCAACAUCGAGCCUCUCUAUAUUUAGACAAAUAUACAUCCCAAUACUGCGUAUAUAUAGAUGUAGAGCUACGUUCAUAGAAGACAAAUCCAAUUUACAAAACACAUCAAGAACAUGGCAGAGACUCAAGGGAAAGUCAUCACUUGCAAAGCUGCUGUAGCAUGGGGUCCAAAAGAGCCGCUUGUAAUUCAAGAAAUAUGCGUAGAUCCUCCUCAGAAAAUGGAAGUCCGAGUUAAAAUCCUUUACACUUCCAUUUGCCACACCGAUCUUGGAGCUUGGGCCGGCGUGAACGAAGCUGGACGAGCAUUUCCAAGGAUUCUUGGCCACGAAGCAGUCGGGGUUGUGGAAAGUGUAGGAGAAGGAGUUAAAGAUGUGGAAGAAGGAGACUAUGUGAUUCCGACUUUCAAUGGAGAAUGUGGUGAAUGUGUAGUGUGUAAAACAGAGAGUAAUCUCUGUGAGAGAUAUAAAGUGGAUCCAAUGAAGAGUUUGAUGGUUAAUGAUGGAGGGACGAGAUUCUCAACAACUACAAACAAAGACGGUGGUUCUAGCCAGAGCCAACGCAUCUAUCACUUCCUUAACACCUCCACGUUUACCGAAUACACUGUCUUGGACUCGGCUUGCCUCGUCAAGAUCGAUCCCAAUGCUCCUCUCAAGCAAAUGAGCCUCUUGAGCUGUGGUGUCUCCACUGGUGUUGGAGCAGCUUGGAACAGUGCCAAUGUGAAGGAAGGAACGACCACUGCUGUCUUUGGACUGGGUGCGGUUGGACUCGCUGUCGCUGAAGGUGCAAGAGCAAGAGGAGCCUCUAGGAUCAUUGGUGUUGAUGCUAAUGAUUCCAAAUUUGAGAAAGGUAAGCUGAUGGGAGUAACAGACUUUGUAAACCCUAAAGACUUAACGAAGCCAGUACAUGAGAGGAUACGAGAACUAACAGGAGGAGGCGUGGACUAUAGCUUCGAAUGCACAGGAAACGUUGAUGUUCUUCGCGAAGCCUUUUUAUCUACUCGCCCGGGUUGGGGAUCGACUGUGCUUGUUGGGAUAUAUCUGACGCCAACAACAUUGCCUCUUCAUCCAAUGGAGCUUUUUGACGGCCGUAAAAUUACCGGUUCAGUUUUCGGCGGCUUCAAGGCCAAAUCUCAGCUUCCAAAUUUCGCCCAACAAUGCAUGAAAGGGGUUGUCAAAUUGGAACCUUUUAUUACUAAUGAGCUUCCCUUUGAGAAGAUAAACGAUGCGUUUCAGCUGCUUCGUGAUGGAAAAUCUCUUCGAUGUGUUCUUCAAAUCUCCAAAUUUCUCAAGAAAUGAUUAUACAUAAUUCACAAAGUUUACUUAAUUAUAUAUUGUUAUUAUCUUAACCAUAAAAUAUUAUAUAUACCAUCAUCAAUAACACGAUGAUUAACCAUUAUUUGUGCUCAAGGUCAAGGAUUCUUUGAUUUUUUUAUUGGUC